AUGGCCGCCGCUACUCAAGCGUCACCACUGCUCGCUCUCCCUUUCGAGCUACGUACGAAGGUCUAUGAGCAACUCCUCAGACCUGAUCCCGACCGCCUCCACACUUUUUACCAUGACAGACAUGGCAGAGAAGCCUCCUUCGACAUCGACCCCACCAUCCUCCGGGUGAACAAGCAAAUCUACUCCGAAGCCGUCUCAAUCCUCUACGACACCACUCAUGUUCGAAUCCAUCUCGCGACGCCAGUAAUAAUGCAAUGCACCGGCGGCAACUAUCCUGACCACAUCGUUGACCCGCCUGAUCUCUUCCGCAAAGAUGCUAAGGGGGCUGUUGAGCCAGCGAACAGGUUGGACUGGCGUACUACACCGUCGAUAGUCAAAGAAUUGGAAAUCGAAGGGCGGCUUGAGUCUACAGCGCACGGCUUUAUCUACCCACACUGCUUCCAACGCCUGCACAAGAUACAGCUUGUUACCUCGCGCCAUGCGAUAUGGGGCGAUGGCGAGUGCCGCAGUUACUUUUCGCAUACCGGAAAAACAGUGUUGCGGAUCCUUAAGCUUCUGGCCGAAGAGCAAGCCACGAAGCCAUCCAUGACGAAGCGCCUCAGAUUUACCAUUCAGCCAGACUGGCGGACCGUCGAAUCUGAACUACUGAUGAGAAAUGGUAAGAUGGACAACAAGAUGAAAGUGAUUGUUGGGUUGCUGAAAGCGCUUGAGAGGAAGACAGACGCCGAGAUUGAGGUUGAAGAAGGGGGUUUUAAAAAGACACUGAGGGAAUUGAAGAUGGAAGAGGUUGAUGUUGAUGAGUGGGAGAAGGUGCUGCUUGCUGACGCUGAUAUUGACUUAUGA